CGAAGCCAAAGGAACGUAAUACCGUGAGUGAGAUAAAGAGAAAAAGAGUAAGAGAGAGAGAGAGAGAGUGAUAGACAGUCUGUGAGGGUGGUGCGGAGAGGUGUAGAGGAUAGGGACGAUGAAAGCGGAGAUACGACGGUACACGGUGAAUACGCGAGUUCUCGUGGAUACAUUGAACGUUGAGUUAGCUGUGCCAAGUCCCCCCCAUAGUUCGUCAUAGUUUCUCUGUUUGCACUCUCUUAUUUUUUUUUUUUUUUUUUUGUACGAUUUGGACGUACAAAUUCGUUCGAUCGACUUGCUCGAAUGAAAGAGACUGUUAUUAACGUCACGAUCAAAGUAAGCCGCUUGCAUUGCUCGUUCUUCUUAACUUCGAUCGUUGUUUUGUUAACGACUCGAAGACAUUAUUGGGACAUAUGCGAGAAGAAUAUAGUUGGUAAAGAGAGAGAGAGAGAGAGAGAGAGAGAGAAAGAGGGGGGAAGAGGGAGAGAGAGAGAAAAAAAGAGAAAGAUAUGCGAAUGGAAUCGCAAUGAAUCGUCACUGGGGAGAUAGGUGUGGCGCGUAAAAAAAAGGCGCGUUGUAGAGUGGAGUGCGCGCGCGAGCGCGUGCCCGGUUUUUUUCUCCGUUACAAUAAUAAUAGUAGUGGUAGUAGUGGUGGUGGUGGUAGUGGUGGUGGUGGUAAUGGUAGAGUAGUAAGAAGGUAAAUGAUGGGCGCGAGUGUAUCUCUUCCGUACAUAUAUGUUGGAAAAUGAAGGUGGAACGUCAAAAGAGAUUUUUAACGAGUAUUUGGCACGAUAGAAGAUCGGUGUCAAUUUGGCGGUGUACGAAUUGAGGUUAUUAUUAUUAUUAUUAUUAUUAUUAUUAUUAUAAAGAAAAGUGUAGAAGAGGGGGAUAUAAAAAAAGAAAGAAAAGGAGAAAGAGUUGGUGAAGGGAAAGACAGUUUUAAAAGUUCUUCGUCGUACGGAGAAGUGCAAGAAGUGUGUCUUGAGUUACGAAGGAAAGAAAAAAGAGAUAGAUAGAUAGAUAGAUAGAUAGGGAGAGAGAGAGAGAGAGAGAGAAAGAGAGAGAGAGACAGACAUCGCAGAAGAGGAAAAGAAAGAAAGAGAGAAGAAAGAGUGAGUGAACGAGAAAAGGGGGGGAGAUCGGCGGAGCACCGCGUGCCAUUGAAGCACAGCGUGUGCGUGCGUCCGCGCCUAUGCGUCCAAGUCCGCCGUGCCGCGGUGAUCUUCGCAGUGGCUGCGGCCGCAGUGGUGGUGGUGGUGGCGGCGUCUGCGACGACGGUGGAGGUGGUGGUGGUGACGGCGACGGCGACGGCGACGGCGGCGGCGGCGGCGGCGGCGACGACGGCAAAAGAGAAGGAGUGGAGGUGCUGGCGACGACGGUGACGGGUCGGUUGUGGUGGAGGGGGAGGAGGUUUUUCGUCGUCGUCGUCGUCGUCGUCGUCGUCGUCGUCGGUAGUGGUGGUGAUAGUAAUAGUAAUAAUAAUAGCAGUGGUGGUAGCAGUGUUGCUGCUGCUGCUGGUGGUGGUCUUAGUGGUAGUGGUGGUACUGGCGGCGGCGGCGGCGGCGGUAGUAGUUGUGGUGGUGGUAGUGGAGGUGGUGGUAGUGGUGGUGGUAGUAGGAGAACGGAAUUGCCGUGUCGCGAGCGGCCAAACGAGUUAGCGCGUGUGCGUGCAUCGUGCGCGCGUACGCUCUCCUUCGAGGCUUGCGCGCGAGCGCGCGAGCGCGUGUGUCGGUGGUAUCCCCCCGCGCGCGCAUCCAAGGAAUUCACGAUCGAGCAACACGGAGGGACUCCCAGCAAAUGUUUAAAUGGACGCAUCGUCCAUUAUCACCCAAGUGUCGCGGGAUGACGAGCUAGGCCAGUUUAAUAACGAGAAAGCCCAAUUGCCACGCGAGAAUGAAGCGGCCAGCAACGGUCCCACAGGUGGCAAGAAACCAAGAGGGCGUGGACUCUUGCGUUCUCUGCUUUGUUGUCUUGGUAGAGGACGAGGAAGUAGUUCAAAAAGUUCCAAAACAAGUUCGCUACAAGGAGAUGGACGGGGUUCACCGCCACCAGGAACUGGGUCCCCACGGUAUCUUUUGCCGCCUGUCAGACAUCAGGAUAUGCAUAAAAAAUGCAUGGUGAUCGAUUUGGAUGAGACACUUGUGCACAGUUCUUUCAAACCGAUCAACAAUGCGGAUUUUGUUGUUCCUGUAGAAAUUGAUGGAACAGUACACCAAGUGUAUGUCUUAAAGAGGCCUUAUGUGGAUGAAUUUUUGCAGAGGAUGGGAGAACUAUACGAAUGUGUAUUGUUCACAGCAAGUUUAGCUAAGUAUGCUGAUCCUGUAGCCGAUCUACUAGACAGAUGGGGAGUAUUUAGAGCAAGAUUAUUCAGAGAAUCGUGCGUUUUUCAUAGAGGAAAUUAUGUUAAAGAUUUAAAUAAGCUGGGAAGAGAUCUACAACAAAUUAUUAUUGUCGAUAAUAGCCCUGCCAGCUAUAUCUUUCAUCCUGAUAAUGCGGUUCCAGUGACAUCCUGGUUUGAUGACAUGACGGACUCAGAACUAUUAGAUUUAAUUCCAUUCUUUGAGAAACUUAGUAGCGUGGAGAACAUUUAUACAGUUUUGUGCAACAGCAAUCAUCCAUAUAAUCAAGUAUCAACUACGGUACAAAAUAGUCCCAGUCCUGGAUCAGGUUCGCUUGGUGCUUCCUAGCCCCACCUAUGUUCUGGUCAAGUGACCAGUCUUGUUAUCACUCGAUGUGCAUUAAGGAGGAUCUUAAUUGAUUUGUCCAAUGCUAAUCACUUAUUGUGCUGCGAUGGAUAAUCGGGUAUGCCCAGUUAGAUAUUUUAUCUAAGGCCAAAAGUACCCGUGUUAGUCUGGGUGGAUAUUUCUGCGUAUCGUUUCCCUGUUAUAAUAGUGCAACAUUAACCGCACUCUGCUUUGUUGUUGCCUUCAAAUUUUCUUCCUAAUAAGCAGCAACGCGAUGAAGAACUAACGUUAGAAGAAAGAGAGAGAGAAAGAGAGAGAGAGAGAGAGAGAGAGAGAGAGAGAGAGAGAGAGAGAGAGAGAGAGAGAGAAAGAGAGAAAGAGAGAGAGAGAGAGAGAGAAAAAGAAAUAAUAGGUACAGACAGAACGAUGAAGAAUGAUUAAAAAAAUACGUGUACCGAUUAACUUCUGUUACAUUUCGAUUCAAAGGGUUUUUUCGACGACAUAGAGUUUUUUCAACGAUGAUCGAACGAAAAGAAUAAAUCGAUAAGCGCUUCGGUAUAAUUAGUUAGAUCAAAGUACGUGAAUGCGUGCUUUAUAUCUUUGAUACAGACGAAAGUGGAAAAAAAAAACAAAAAAAAAAAAAAAACAAAAAGAAAACAAAAAAAAAAAAAGGAAAAUGAAUGAUAUAUUUCUUGUUGAAUUAGAGCACGCAAAUUUUGUGCUAUUGCAUGAUAUUUACUUGCUGAAUACCUCAACGGAUUAAUCUUAAAAGUCCUGAACUAAAUCCAGAAUAUAAAUCGCACAGAGUCAUACAAGAAAUUAUCAAUUGAUAAGUAUGAGUCGUUUGAUGGGUCGUUCGGUGUUCAACAUUUUUUUCAUCAUUUUAUUUGGACCAAUUUGUUUAUUGAUUUGCAUUUCAUUUGCUGGCAUUACAAAUAUGUACAUCGCAUCAUAACUUCGAGUUCGUAUAGUAAUUUUUUUUUAGCAUUUUCCCCAUAGAAUCAAUGAUAUAUAUAUUAUAUUACGAUCGUUACUCGACGUAAUAUUGAAUAUUAAAAAACAAAAACAAAAACAAAAAAAAAACAAAAAUACAAAAAAAAAACAAAAAAAAAUAUCGAAAGGCUGGCAACUUAAAAUUAUGAUAAUACAUUAAAUGUUAAAUUCGUUUAAUCAUCCCUAACAGAUAUCAUCCUUCGUAUUUUAAACAAUGAAUUUUAUUAUAAAUAUUUUAGAUUAUAUUAUUAUUAUUUUCAUGAUUUGCCAGUACGAUUGACUCUGUUUUUUUUUUUUUUCUUCUUUUUUCUUCUUUUCUUUUUUUCUUUUUUUCUUUAAGGAGAAUGUGUGCCAGUUAGUGAGUCAACUAAUUUAAUUACAAGAAAGUGAUAUAACAUUUUAAAGAGACCGAGCCAAAAUGCAUAUCAUUCUCUCCCUCCAAGCGCAAUCGUACGGAUAAUAAUAAUAAAAAAAAAAAUCUUACGUUAAAUGAACAAUUAUAAUAACAUGGUUAAUGAAUUAGAUUUAUAUAGAUAAUAUAGAGCCCUUGUGAAGGGUAGGUGGUAGACAACACAAUACGUGUAAGUAUGUAGUUGUAUUCACACUAACAGUGAUGAUUGAUUUUGCACGCUUUAUCGUAUAUACAUAUUAUGUAAUGUACAGAUUGCGCAUUACGUUGAUAUAAUCAACUUUAUUAUCAUUGCUUAUAAUUUUUAUCCUCGUUAUUAUUAUGAUUUUAUAAUGUUAUUUUUUUCUCCUCUCAUUAUUUUCAUCUCUCCAUCUUCUCAUAGUUGUUACAUUAAUGUUAUUAUUAUCACCAUUUUGUGAUUACUUUUAUUAAUACUAUCAUCUACUUCAUCCUUUAUGUGACUGGUCCACAUUUUAAAGUAUUAUAUACACACACACACACACAUAAACAAUAUAUAUAUACGUGUAUAUACACAUAUAUAUAUUGUUUGUAAUGUUCUAUAUUUGUUACCGUCGCAGAAUAUUUUUUGAUCGAUCAGUUUUUACUUUAAUCGCUUAUAAACUGAUAAUUCGAUUAUUAUCGAAAAGAAAAAAUACAAAAAAAAAAAAAAAAAAAAAAAAAAGAAAAAGAAAAAAGAAAAAAAAAGAAAAGAUAAAAAAAAUCAAUCAAACGCGUACAGCUUAAACACGAUAAAUUUGUUUUUAUUGAUUUAUUGCAUUUUUCAUUAAAAAAAAAAAAAGGAAAAAAAAAGAAAAAAUAAAUUGUAUAUUC